AUGCGCGGGUGGCUCAAGAUCGCGUUCAUCGCGCUCCUCGCGCUCCUCGCGACGCCCCAAUGCCGCGCGGAGGAGCACGAGAUGCCGAACUUCAAGACCAUGAAGAUCAAGGAGCUCAAGGCGAUCCUCGCCGACAGGGGCCGGGAGUGUAAAGGAUGCGCGGAGAAGGCGGACUACGUAGCGAUGGCUGCGGACGUCUGGUCCCUCCCGAUCGUCGAGAAACCCGCGAGCGGGGACGAGACGAAGGAGAAACCCGCGGAGCCGGAUCUCAACGACGCGGAUCAGGAGCGCAUCAGGCGCAUGAUGGACGAGAUGCAGAACGGACCGCGCCCGACUGGGGAUCCGGAGCGCGACGCCAUCUUAAAAAAACUCCACUCUAGCGGCAUCAAGUUCUCCGGAGGAGAGGGCAUGCCCCUGGACCAGCUCCGGAACCUGGAGAAGGCCAUGGGGAACAUCAAGACCAAGAAACAGGGCGACGGGGACGACGAACUGUGA